UGCGGUCAGAGUGACACUUCUUUUUAUCAUCUCAGCUCACAGAUGUUACAUGUUUUAUUCUAGAAAAAAGUUGAACCAUUAUCAGAAUGGAUCUGAUGGAGAUUGAUGACAGCGUGUAUAUGACGAAGAACCUCACAAUGAAGGACCUCGUCACAAAAGAGGAUCUUCACAGAAGAGCACCUUCCUCCAGAUCCGUCUCUGUGUUCCUUGGAUUACUGUGUGUCCUCCUGCUGGCUGGAAAUGUCGGACAGUUUCUCUUCUAUCACUUUACCUUCCACCCCAAGUCUACGGAGCAGAUUCAGGCUGGAGCUGCAGAGAGAUACCAGUUACAGACAAACUACAGCUCCUUAAAACAAAGGAUGGAUCAGCUACAGACCACACUGAGUAACUCUACAGAAGACAAAGACCAGCUGCAGACAAGCUACAAAAACUUAGAGCAAGAGAGGGAUCAGCUACAGACAAACUACAAAAACUUAGAGCAAGAGAGGGAUCAGCUAAAGACAAACUACAAAAACUUAGAGCAAGAGAAGGAUCAGCUACAAUCAAACUACAGCAACUUAGAACAAGCUAGGUAUCAGCUACAGACAAACUACAGGAACUUAGAACAUGCGAGGGAUCAGCUACAGACAAACUACAGCAACUUAGAACAAGCUAGGUAUCAGCUACAGACAAACUACAGGAACUUAGAACAUGCGAGGGAUCAGCUACAGACAAACUACAGCAACUUAGAACAAGCUAGGUAUCAGCUACAGACAAACUACAGGAACUUAGAACAUUCGAGGGAUCAGCUACAGACAAACUACAGCAACUUAGAACAAGCUAGGUAUCAGCUACAGACAAACUACAGGAACUUAGAACAUGCGAGGGAUCAGCUACAGACAAACUACAGGAACUUAGAACAUGCGAGGGAUCAGCUACAGACAAACUACAGCGCCAUAGAACAAGCUAGAGAUCAGCUACAGACAAACUACGGCAACUUAGAACAAAGAAUGGAUCAGCUACAGACAAACUACGGCAACUUAGAACAAGAGAGAGAUCAGCUACAAACAAACUACGGCAACUUAGAACAAAGGAUGGAUCAGCUACAGACAAACUACGGCAACUUAGAACAAGAGAGAGAUCAGCUACAAACAAACUACGGCAACUUAGAACAAGAGAGGGAUCAGCUACAAACAAACUACAGGACUGUGGAGCAAGUGAGGGAUCAGCUACAGACAAACUACAGGGACCUGCAGAAGAGCUCUGAUAAUCUGAAGAGAGAAAAGGAUGAGCUACAAAGGAACUAUUCCUCACUGGAGAGUGACAAGGACAAGCUGAUAGCCAGCUACACGUAUCUGAAUGACAGUAAAAAUCAACUUCAGAGCAGAUACCAGUCCCUGUCUGAUGACAAAGAUGUUUUAGAGAAUAGUAACAAUGAUCUUAAGAGGGAAAUGAAACAGUUAAACACAAACUACGGUACCUUAAAACAAGAGAAAGAUCAGCUUCAAACAAACCUUAAUAACAUGCAGAGGAAUCUGAAUGACCUUGGAAAAGAAAAGACCGAGUUACAGACACAGUUAAACAGCAUGAGAACAAACAGAGAUGAGUUACAGAGGAGCAAUUCUGCACUGAGGAAUGACAAGGAUCAACUGCAAAGAAGCAAAAACGACUUACAAAGCAAAUACAACACUCUGCAGAGGGCGAAGGAUCAGCUGAGGACUGACUACAAUAGUCUGACAGCAGUAAGAGAUCAGUUACAGCAGAGGGUCAACAAGAUGGACAGGAGUUGUCCAUCAGGCUGGAGCAAGUUUGGUGAAAGCUGUUUCCACGUUUCAACCACAACAAGAAGCUGGCAUUCAAGCAGAAGCUUCUGCACCUCCAAUGGAGGGGAUCUGGCAAUCAUAAACACCAAAGAUAAAAUGAUAUUUGUCAGAGGGUUGGUGGAUUCAGAUAAACUUGCCUGGAUUGGUCUGAAUGACCAUGUUAGUGAAGGGACCUGGAAGUGGGUGGAUGGGACCAGAGUCACAACCACAUUCUGGGGGCCUGGGCAGCCUGACAACUGGAAUAAUGUGGAGGACUGUGGAGAAAUACGGCACAUGAAAGGCGUGGUAGACUGGAAUGAUGAUGACUGUAGUUUUCAACGUAUCUGUAUCUGUGAAAAAUCCCCAUAACAUUCAAUUACCCCAUUUACAUUUACAGAUGUCCUUCCAAACCAUCAGGUUCUCUUUUUUCUACUGAACAACACAAUCCUGAUUGAUAGAUUUGAAUGCAUAUCAAUGUACUGUACAUAUACAGUGCUUAAGAAAUGUAUUAGACCACCCUAACCCUAACCAAAGUAAAGUUUAUGCCACAGCUGCCCUAAAUUAACAGCAUUGGUAAUUACCAAAAUCAUUUUUUUAUGUUUCUG